AUGUCUUCAUUAACCCCAUCGACCGAAUCAACUGCACACGAAUCAACAUUAUUCGAAGUUUCAGGAAAAGAACCCCCAUUAUCCGACGAAUCAACAGACCCUCUUCAUUCCGAGAUCAUGGCUUAUUUUAUUAGCCGAGGUUUUCAAUCAAACCUCGUUAGGUCCUUUCUGGAAGUUGAGCGACUGAAUCCAACAAUCUUCGUUGGCAUUGAGGGAACUGGUGUAAGUGGCGUUACUUCAGGUGAUGAUAAGAGAUUACUUGUGGAAUGGGGUCUUACGGAAGAAACCGCAAAUGAACUCCGUAAUAGUGUGUGUGAAGAUACCCUAUGGUCUAAACAAAUUUUAUAUCAUUGGUUAUACGAAUGGAUUCUCAAUCCAUGGGAUUCCAAUAUUCAGAUGGCCUUUGAUAACGUUUUUUAUGAUGCAAACUUUCCACGCAAUCAGUGGAACAGUUACGAUAGAAUAGGUCAUUUACCAACACUGUAUCAAAGCGCCCAAGUAAUCAGCAAGUAUGAAUCAAGCUUACACAUGGCAGACAAAGUUUCGAUUUUGGAGAUGCAAAUUCUAUAUGAAUGGGAAAGUUAUGGUGGAGAAGAUGCUGAGGGUUCAUGGCAGAAUGUCAUUCCCAGUGCUCAAUGGUUCGAACCUAUUCGGCACUUUCAACUCGCUAUUAAGACUGUUAGGGCGGCAAAGCUUUUGGACAACUAUUGUGUUGGCGUUAUUUAUUUUCAUACAAAAUAG